UGCGCGGUGACGUCGCGGCCGGUCCGUGUCCGUGUCCUGCCGCCGGUCUCGGCCCUGCCCGCGCCGCCCUCGGCCCGCCCGGCCCCGCUCGGCCCCGCCGCCGCCCCGCCAUGGCCAACGUGGCCGACACGAAGCUCUACGACAUCCUGGGCGUGCCGCCCGGCGCCUCCGACAAUGAACUCAAGAAGGCAUACAGAAAACUGGCCAAGGAAUACCAUCCUGAUAAGAAUCCAAAUGCAGGGGAUAAAUUCAAAGAAAUCAGCUUUGCCUAUGAAGUAUUGUCAAACCCUGAGAAACGUGAGCUGUAUGAUCGAUAUGGAGAGCAGGGGCUCCGAGAAGGGAGCGGGAGCAGUGGAAUGGACGAUAUUUUCUCCCACAUCUUUGGUGGUGGGUUGUUCAAUUUCAUGGGUGGCCAGAGUAGAAGUCGCAAUGGCAGAAGAAGAGGAGAAGAUAUGAUGCAUCCACUCAAAGUCUCUUUAGAAGAUCUGUAUAAUGGAAAGACAACCAAACUACAACUUAGCAAGAAUGUCCUUUGUAGUGCAUGUAAUGGGCAGGGAGGGAAGGCCGGCUCCGUUCAGAAGUGCAACGCCUGCCGGGGCCGGGGCGUGCGCAUCAUGAUCCGGCAGCUGGCGCCCGGGAUGGUGCAGCAGAUGCAGUCCGUGUGCUCCGACUGCAACGGAGAAGGUGAAGUAAUUAAUGAAAAAGACCGCUGUAAAAAAUGUGAAGGGAAGAAGGUGAUCAAAGAGGUAAAAAUACUUGAAGUCCAUGUAGACAAAGGCAUGAAACAUGGGCAAAGAAUUACAUUCAGUGGAGAAGCAGAUCAAGCUCCCGGUGUGGAACCAGGCGAUAUUGUCCUUUUACUCCAAGAGAAGGAGAAUGAGAUGUUCCAGCGGGAUGUGAAUGAUUUGCAUAUGACACACAAGAUUGGACUUGUUGAAGCACUGUGUGGGUUUCAGUUCACAUUUAAGCACCUUGAUGGACGUCAGAUUGUGGUUAAAUAUCCUCCUGGAAAAGUAAUUGAACCAGGUUGUGUUCGUGUAGUCAGAGGGGAAGGAAUGCCACAGUAUCGCAAUCCUUUUGAGAAAGGGGAUCUCUACAUUAAAUUUGAUGUUCAGUUUCCUGAAAAUAACUGGAUUAGCCCAGAAAAGCUUUCAGAACUUGAAGAUCUUCUGCCAGCUAGACCAGAAUUUCCCAAUGUAAUUGGUGAUGCAGAAGAGGUAGAUCUUCAAGAAUUUGAUACCACUCGUGGUUCAGGUGGUGGCCAGAGACGUGAAGCUUAUAAUGAUAGUUCUGAUGAAGAAAGCAGCCAUCAUGGACCUGGGGUACAGUGUGCCCACCAGUAAACAUUUGUCUAAAAAGUUGCACAAGGAUUUUCUUUCAAAUUUUGCCUGACUUGUUUUCAACAAUCCAGCUGGAUUGUAUAAGUAAUCCAGAUGAACCAAUGGACAUCUAUUGCUGUAUGUGUAACUUUUAAAUUGGUCUAUAGUAUCUACAGAGUGUAAUUUAAACUAACCACAAGCUUACAUCUUCAUUUUGACUGUGUAGCAGAAUAAAGCACUUGAAAGGAAGACGAGACUCCUUUUCACAUGGGUUUUAAGUUUGUCCUCGUAUCUGUGCUUGAUUUUUACCAGUUUUGUGUAGAUUUUAAGUUUCAUAUUUUAAAUUCAAAUUCUACAUUGUAAAGUUUGUGUACAAUUUGUCCUGAGGCUUGGUAUUUGGCUGCACCUGCAUAAGCUGCUACAAGUAGAAUCAAGAAUUUCAUAGCCUGUAUCUAUCAUCUAGAUGCAUGGUAAAUGGGCUUUGCACAUAAUGGGUUUAGAGCUGACUGGGAACAAUGAAAGACUAAACUAGAAGUGGUUGUAAGUUUUUUUCUACCAUCUUGUGAACGGUUUCUGAAAUUAAAUAAAAGCAGUUGGUGUAUAAUAUA